AUGGAGCUCGAUCCGGACGACGAGGGCGAAAUAUUCAUCGACCAGUGCAAUAAGAUCAAAGCACUCUUGUCUAAAGCUUUUGACCGAUGUCCGGAUGAUUUUAGAAGUGGAGUUCAAGAUUUGGAAAACCUCAAAACUAUGGCGGAACUCAUCACACAAACACCAUACUAUUACCAAGAGACGACUGCUAGGGUUUUCUUCCAGUGGAACUCUCACACAGGGAAGUUGAUCGCCCUGCUUAGCGACUUGGGCACCGAAAAUGCACACCUUGGGACAGUGCAUGAUGACUAUAUGACUAAGAACAAGUCGCAAAUCGUGAGUUUGUUCGCAAGUCUUGGCUUGGAACUUAUUGGUAUACUGCUGCAAUACAGUCAAAUGGAGAAUGUGGCACUGCAGCCCAAGCCCGAAUUCAUCAGCGGAAAUGGUAGGCACUCUUCUACCCGGCAAAAAGGACUUCAGUAUCUCUUCGCAACGGAUGUCGAACACGAUCGCGCAGACAUCAAAGCGACGAAAGGCGACAGUGUCCAAGGGUCGUGGGACUGGGUUCUCCAGUGUCACGAAUUGACCAAUUGGCUUGACUCAGAUGUCAGCAUCCUCUGGAUUUCAGGGAGUCCUGGCACUGGUAAGACCCUGUUAGCAGUUCACCUCACGGAGCAGCUACCGCUUAUGCUCUCCUCUGAUGAGGUCCUUCUGUACUAUUUCUUCGAUUCUAAACUGGACAUGCGCAAUAACGCUGAGAGUCUCGUGCGAAACUUGAUAUAUCAAUUGGUCCAACUUGAUAAAGACCCCCACAAGCGCUGUUGUAGCUUGGGGCCAGCAUGCAAACUCCCGGUUGUAUGGUCUAUGUUCGUCUCGAUCCUUGAAGCAAUGGAAAACUCUCGGAUCGUCUGCGUAUUGGAUGGCUUAGACGAAUGUGAACUUAAGUCUCUAGAGGCUCUUUGUUCUAAACUUGAAAAUAACGCUCCUGGUCUCCCAAUCAGGUUCAUCUUGCUGAGCCGCGAACGACCUACGGCAGUGGGAAGCUUUCUUGGCCGAUAUCCCAGAAUCCACCUAGAUGACUACUUGCAACAAGUCAGAGGCAUCCUCCACAAGAAUAUUGCCGCAAAGCUGUCAGGACUGCCAUUUGCCGACCACUGUACCGCCGAAGAGCUUGCAGUCCAGUUUCUCCAGUCAUCUACAGCUGCCCAAGUUGGAGCCACCAUUGAUACCUUGCCCAAGGGGAUUGAACCUCUCUAUCGCUGGCUACUGUCUCAAGUAGACCCCGGCGAGCGAAAGUUCAUCAAACAAGUCCUAAGCUGGUGUGCAUAUUCCCAAAGGCCAAUGGAGCUGACCCAUCUGGCCGAAGUCUUGCAAAUCCAGGCUGAUGGUAUUUUGUCACCAGUCGAUAUACUUCAGAAUCGAUUGCAACGCUAUGGUGCUCUCAUCACUGUCGCAUCUCAUUCAUGGAAAUACUUAUUCAUCGAUGGAUGGUUGAAAAGCAAGACCAUCGUUCAUGGUGCAAAGAACUGGAGUUACCAUUUCCAAUGCUGUGGUGGGCAUACCGUGAAUGUCGUUAAGGGCCACCCAGAAAGCUUCGCAGGAUCUUCAGUCCUUCAUAUGUGGUUCAAAAGCUUAGACAUCUCUCAGGGUUCUAUUUGGUGGCAACUAGGACUUGCAGCAGCCGCGGCUGGUCUCGACGAUCUUGUCAACUAUAUUCUUAAAGCCGAACAGUUCAAGCUACAACUAUUGAAGGCCAAACCGUUUGGAUCCAUAGCUAUCAGGAGGCUUGGAACCACUCCACUCCAUGUUGCGGCCAAACGCGGGCAUCUCUCCACAGUGAAGAUGUUGAUGAAAAAGAUACCAUUCGCACUCGACCUCAAGGAUCACAACCACCACACGCCUUGCUUUCUUGCCGGUAUGAAUGGACAACAUGAGGUUGCCGAAUUCCUUCUGCAAUCCGGAGCAGAUCACGCUAAACAAAAUCCUUUGUUCAGAGCCAUUCGGUCACACGAUGAAGCCAUGGCAAGAUUGUUCCUUGAAUAG